UAGGCGUGUCCUCCCGUCGUGGGAGAGCCCUAGGACCUUGAGCUGCGCGCAAGCAUGAGCUGGUGGCGGGGAGUGGUGCGCUCUGUUUGGAGUGCCUUGUCCAGGGAGGUAAGGGAGCACGUGGGCACGGACCAUCUGGGGAACAAAUACUACUACGUCGCCCAGUACAAGAACUGGAGAGGGCAGACUAUGCGAGAGAAAAGGAUUGUAGAAACAGCAAACAGAACCGAGGUGGACUAUGAAGCAGGAGACAUCCCAACAGAGUGGGAAGCAUGGAUAAGAAGAAAAAGAAAGACUCCACCUACUAUAGAGGAAAUACUAAAGAAUGAAAAAUACAGAGAAGAAAUUAAAAUAAAAAGCCAAGAUUUUUAUGAAAAAGAUAAACUCGGUAAAGAAACCAGUGAAGAACUCUUGCCUUCACCUACUGCAACUCACAUUAAAGGGCAUGCCUCUGCCCCCCGUUUUGGGAAGGAAGAACCCUCAGUGGUUCCCACCAGCACUGGCAAAACUUUCCAGCCAGGAUCCUGGGUGCCAGGAGACAGCAAAAGACAGUGAAUGCGCUGUGGUGACGUCAUAUGGUCUAUAUGGAUAUCGCUAUUUUAACAAAUAAAGAGAUUAAAAGUUGA